AUGCUUAUUCAAACUCAAGACUCAAUACCCGCGAUAAGAGAUGGUCAUACACCUCGUUAUAGCGGUAUAAUAAAUUGCUUCUCACGAGUCUGUAAAGAACAAGGUGUAUACUCUCUCUGGAGGGGCAACCUAGCAAAUGUUAUAAGAUACUUCCCGACACAAGCAUUUAAUUUUACUUUUAAAGAUACUUUUAAGAAGAUAUUUCCGAAGUAUAAUCAGAAUGAAGAGUUCUUUAAGUUCUUUCUGACUAAUGUAUUAUCAGGGGGUCUUGCAGGUGCUGCUUCUCUUACUGUUGUAUAUCCUCUAGAUUUUGCUCGUACAAGAUUAGCUUCUGAUGUCGGUAAGGGCUCAGCUCGAGAGUUUUUAGGAUUAGGAGAUUGUAUAAAGAAAGUCUCAAGAAGAACAGGGUUUCUCUCUCUUUAUCAGGGCUUUGGGGUGUCUGUACAGGGUAUUAUUGUUUAUAGAGGGGCUUACUUCGGUCUAUAUGAUACAGCAAAAGCAAUGCUAUUUGUUCAAGGAGAAAAACAAAAUAUAUUAUUCAAGUGGGUUAUAGCACAAACUGUUACAGCUGCAGCAGGGGUUGUAUCUUAUCCUUUUGAUACUGUUAGAAGACGUAUGAUGCUCAUGGCCGGUAGAAAAACAACUGAAGAGAUUCAAUAUAAAUCUACACUUGAUUGCUGGAGGAAGAUAUAUCAACAAGAGGGUUCUAAGGGUUUCUUUAAAGGUGCCUGGGCGAAUGUAUUAAGAGGUGCAGGUGCAGCUUUAGUAUUAGUCUUCUAUGAUGAGUUUCAGCGGCUGCUUAUCUAA